AGUGAUCUUUUCGGAGAAGCAGUGUCCGGUCGAUGUUCUGUCUUCUUACGCCGCUGCAGGUGCCAUGUUUGAGCAGUAAGUGAGGGAGAAAGCAUGGCGGAGAAUCAUUCAGAAUACGGCUACCUGGAGGAGGGCGAGUGUGCCGAGGAUCAUUACCCCGAGGACCCGGAACUUGCAGCCAUCAAGGCCAGGGUUCAGGAGCUAGAGAUGGAAGAGGAGACGGAGCGACUGAAGGAUGAAGACGGACCAGAAAUGCAUCUAGUGACCAGUAGUCCUCACCCUGCUCCUUUCUACAAUAUGACUCCAGAAGAGAGGAUAGAUGCAGACAACAGAUCAAUAUAUGUAGGAAAUGUUGACUACGGAGCCACUGCAGAUGAGUUAGAAAUCCAUUUUAAUGCCUGUGGGCCUGUUAACAGAGUAACCAUUCUGUGUGACCGGUUCUCUGGACAUCCCAAGGGUUUUGCGUACAUUGAGUUCUCCGAUCGAGACUCUGUGCAGAGUGCCAUCGGUUUGCAUGAAACCUUGUUCAGAGGAAGAGUUCUCAAGGUGUUACCCAAGAGGACCAACAUGCCAGGAAUCAGCACAACCGACAGGGGAGGCCACAGAGGUGGGCACACCAGAGGAAGAGGCAGGGGAUUCCGUCCCCCCAGAUUUGCCAGUAGCUCACGAGGACGGUUCCGAUACCAGCUGACCAGGCCUCAACAUCAAACGCCCCACCCCUACUACGGAGGCCAGCCAGUGGCGAAGAGACAGUGGGGGCAGAUGGACUAUCCUGAACAGAUGCCCAAACGUUACCCGUGUCUCCUUCUCAUCACACCACCAUCGGAUGAGCUGGGAGAAGGAUCCAGCGGGCAACCAUACCCUCAACAACGUUAAUUCUACCCUUCCUGAUGGUUGAAGCGAUUCAACUUUUAAUCUGUUCUUCUUCAGCAUUACUCACUGGAGUGUGUAUGUGUAUACCAAGAGAAUGGACCGAACUACCUUCACCUCUACAACACUCUAAUUAGGUGAGACGUAAAGAAACGAGAUCUGAACACAGCGAUUGUUUCCAUUGUGAGUUGAUGUCGCUGUGGAUGCACGGACAGUCUCUGAAAGAAUGCAUUUGCACCUCUUGAUGUUUUUACAAACUGAAUGUUUUGCUGCUGACCUUAAUGUAAAUUAUGAGGCUCUGUGUAUAAUUUUUGCUAUGUAAGUAAAUAAAUAAAUAAAAGAUGUUGUACUUAAUGGACA